ACCGAUAAGCGAUAACGAUAAUUUUGUGACAGCUGUUGGUGAAGCGCUACUUUUAUUUUUGUUUUGAUUAUAUUUAUGUAAUGGUGAAGGUGGAGGUGGAAUACUGCGGCGUUUGCAACUUCAGCGGCCAGUGCCACCUGCUGCGCGAAUUCCUGCUGGCCUCGUCGCCCGAUUUGGACAUAUCCUGCCGCCAAGGACGUCGAGGAUCCUUCGAGGUGGCCAUCGACGGGCAGCUGGUCCACUCGAAACUCUCCUGCCUGGCAUUUCCUCAGCAUGCCAGUGUCCUGGCCCAAGUUCAAAAGGCGGAGCGUGGAGAAGCCGUGGAAAAGGUCCUGGAACAACCCAUCAAGGACUGCAACCUGAUGUGAAGGCCCUGAUUUAUAUCAUAAGUUUAUUAAUAUAUGUUACAAAUAAGGUUGCUAAAGAUCACACGAUGUUAAAACAAAUAUGGAAGCCAUAAGAAGGGAAUUUCGAGAGGCCUUUUCAAGUAGGAAUCAUUGGACAUAAACUAAAGACCAAAGGAGAAUCUUAAAACAAGGAUCUAGAGGAUCACCAAAACGGUUAUUAUUUCUUAAGUUUUUGUUAAUAUUUCAAGGUCUUUCUUAAUAGCAUUAGUUAUUAUAUUUUGAUCCAAACUAUGUUCUCAAAAAUUAUAUGGUAGAAUAAUAGAUUACGUUUUCUUGGAAUAAAUGUAUGAGGUAAUUUUAAAA